AUGUUCCGUGGCGCGAGACACUCAUUGUUAAGAGGGAAAAAUAGUUUGACUCGUACUUUUAGUAAAGAUGCUUUCGAAAAAGGAAAGCUAAGUUUCAGGCGUAGCAUAAGCAUGAAAAAAGAUGUUCUUCGUGAUGUUACUGAGAUCUUAACCUUGGAAGAAGUUCAUUUAAUUGUUAAAAGAUGUGCCGAUGAAAUACUAGAAAGAGGACUGCAUGAAAUUGAUAUCUUUAAACCUACUAAAGUUGGUGACAAUGCCGAUGAGGUCAGGUACCUUAUCAAAUGUAUGCUAAGAGAAUAUCGUAUCCAAUUUGAGGAUGAGAUCAAAAAUCGAAACAUUCGCGACGUCGCUUCAGCUAUGAAGUGGGCCCUUAGGCAUAGCGCCUCACCACUUGUUCCUUAUUCUAAUUAUGAAGAAUUUGUUAGAUAUGAACAAGAAUGGGAUUAUGAUCCACAAAAAGGCUCAUUUAACCAAUUCCUUCUUUACCUUCCUAAACAAAAUCAAGAAAUUCUUAUUGAUCUAUUUGAGCUUUGUUCUCGAGUUACUGCCGAAUCUAAUAUUAAUAAUAUGUCUGCCCAAAAAAUUGUAAAAUCUUUGGCCCUUUGUAUAUUAGGAGAAUCUUCAAGAAGUUUAAGAAAUUUUGACUCUGCUUAUUUAGAAUGGUCAAAAUGUUCUGAUGCUUGUCUACACCUUUUUCUUGCCUAUUUACGUGAAUUACAAUUCUUUUCCCCAGAUCCUCGUUUAUCAAAAUUAUUGAAUAAUUAUGUCGAAUAUCGUAAAACUUCUAAUGCUACUAUCAAAGCUAUUUCUCAAAAUAAUUCUGAUUUAAAACUUUAUCAACAAAUAAAAAGAAUGACUACUAUCAUAGAAGAAGAUGAUGAAUCUGUUAGUAUGUUAAGAGUUACUAGACAAUUUGCUACUACAAAACAAAAGAUUGAAACAAGAACUUCCAUGAGUUUUCUACCUGAAGUUAUGGACGGUUUAAAACGUCAAACAAUUGUUCGUCCAGAUGAAACUAUGUCCACUGACGAAAUGCGUACUGCCAAACAAAUGUGGGAACAAUUUCAAAAUCAUGGCAUUGGUGCCUUAUCUGAUGAUUUUUUAAAAUUAUACUUUUUACUUGAAAAAGCUAACGCUUUAAGAAAUUUAAAAGAUCCUCAAGUUAAAUUUGUUAGAAAAGGACAUAAAAGUUUUUAUCUGAAUUUACCUCCAAUUAUUACUAGUAAUAUUUCUGGUUCUCAUAAACAAAUAGAAUUCACAGAAAGAAAAAAUAAUAAUGACUCUAUUAGAAGAAAUUUAUCUCGAAGAAAUUCAAGAAAAAAACCUCAUAAAAAUAAUUUAAAAGGAAAAAAGAAAUCGACUAAAUUCCAAUCUUCGAAAAGAAAACGUGCAUCUCUUUCUUCUGAUUCUGAUCAAGCUAAAGAAAAUGAUGUAGAAAAUUUAGAGGAUUGGAACUUAAUUGAUCAGUCGAAAGACUUACCUAUAACCACGCAUUUAAGCAUUGAAACAAUUGAUGAAAUAUUUCCUUAUGUUUGGAUAGAAACAACUGCUGCAGAUCAAGGUGAUCGAUGGGGUGAAUGGGUCUUUAUUGAACCAAGAAAAGGUUUAGUUCAUGAAUGUGAAUGGGUUAUGAUUGAAGAAAAAUCUCAUGCAUUUUCUGGAUCACAAUCAACAAAAACUCCUGUAAGUGGAAAAAGGAGAACAUUAAACAUUCCAUGGACUACUAAAGGGAAAGAGAAAUCGAGACUUUCAAAUCCAAUCAAUGAGAUUGGAUCAUAUCCAUCAUCCACUUCUUCCAGUUCAUUUGCAUCAUCCAGUUCCCCUAGUUCACCCAUUUUAUCCAGCUCGUCCAGUUCACCAAUUAUAGUAUCAAAUCGAAAUAUGCCAGAUGAUAACGAAGAUAUGUUUACCGUGAUUUAUCAGUUUGAAAAUACAAUGAAUGAAAAUAUUAUGAAAAACACAACAAAAGGAAAAAAAAUCGUUCCAUAUAAUCAAGGAAAUACUUAUGAUUAUUUUGGAAAAGAUUAUGUUGAAAGUAAAGACAAGUUACCAAUACAAACUUCAAAAAAAGGAAAGAACUCUGUAAAGAAAAAUCCUAAGAGUAAGGAUAAAAUUGCUAAAAGACAACGAAUUAUGCAAAUUGGUGUAUAA